AUGGAUGGAUCAGAAGAAAAUGUCUUAACACAGUCUGGGCAAAAGUUUCUGCACGAAAUGAAGGAAAUGCAUUUUGAUCAUGCUUUGCCACUUUUCAACAAGCGUGCUUUCAACACAGAUUCGGCUCCUUGUGGUCUUUAUGAUCUUUCAAGACAGGUUGUUGAACGCACCGGAGGACUUCCACUGGCUCUAGAGGUGGUAGGUUCACAUCUUCGUACCAUAAGUAAAGCAAAGUGGAAAACCACACUGACCAAGUUGAAGGAAGUGCCUCACAAAGAGGUCCAAGAGAGGUUAAAGAUUAGUUAUGACGCACUUGGACGUGAGGGGCAACAAAUUUUUCUGGGCAUUGCAUGUUUCUUUGUUAACAACAAAAAAACUAAUGCAAUGUAUAUGUGGGAAGCUUGUGACUUUUACCCGGAAGUCGAAAUUGACGUCCUUAUCCGAAAGUCCUUGAUCAAGAUUGAUCAUGAUAGGAUAUCAAUGCAUGAUCAGUUAAGAGAUCUUGGGAGAGAGAUCGUUCGUCUAAAGAAUAUCAAAAACUGGGGAGAUUGA